AUGACGUUAAUGGAGCUGCAGAACGGCCUAUGUCAAAGCAUGGAGAAUGGUACGUUAAUGAGAGUGAGCAGAAUUCUGUACCGAAAUCCGGUUGUGGUUUUUGGUGGCCUAAUACAGUUUGAUACCAUUCCGAUCACGGAUGAAGCGAGUAUGCAGAAUAUGUUUCAAAUUCACCGGCAGACUUAUAUGAGACACCCACAGAUUGAGUUGUACGUUGAGUUUGAAGCUGAGGAGGCAGUAGCGGUCCAAAAUGAUAUAGAUGUAAAUGAUGAUAUAGCUGCAGUGUACGAAGGUAUGAAUAGUGACAGCGAAGAGGACUUCGAAGCCACUUAUGAAGCCGGCGAUGAAGAUGAGGAUGGUGAUGUGGGAGUUGAGGCAGCAGUGGAGAAUGUAGUGGUUCGUCCCUCGAGCAGUCAACCGAUGGGCGUUCCACCUUUUAUGUGUGAGUUGGAUCUCGACGCCAUACAUGCCCCCGAGUUUCCGGAAUAUGCAAACAUAGGUAUUGCUGAUCCUGAGGACGGAGAGUUCCGAAUUGGAAUGGAAUACAGCUCUAGAAAGUCGGUCGUUGCAGCAAUUAGAAGUUUCACUAUAUCUAGAGGAGUUGACUAUGAUGUGUUUGAGUCUGAGCCACAGACGUUCUAUGCAAAAUGCAAGAUGUACGGGCGUGGAUGUGACUGGCUUAUCCGAGCCAGCUUGAUACGGAAAAAAGGUUGUUGGGAGAUACACAGAUACAACGGUAGGCACAUGUGCACGAUCAGAACGAUUUCACAAGAUCAUUCCAAGUUGGACUCGGAUACAGUUGCUGAGGCUAUAAGGCCAUUAGUCGAGACGGACCCGUCCAUGAAGGUGAAAUCUAUAAUUGUGGAAGUCCAUUCAAGGUUCAACUAUACCAUCAGUUAUCGAAAGGCUUGGUUGGCAAAGCAGAAGUCCAAAGCUAAAGUUUUCGGUGGUUGGGAGGAUUUUUACUAA